GUAGCCAACCAGUUCCCCUUCAGCCUUGGUGCAGUGUGGGCACUGUUCCUCAAGUUCUCUCUCUCCCCUCACUUAACUUAUCUCUUUCACAUCCUCCUCAUUCACCCCCUCAUUUAAUCUCGCCCCCCUCACCGCUCUCCAGUCCAUUUGUCACCUCAGGAACAUCUGAGGACGCUGCUGCAAGAUUUACCUUGAAGGGCUUCGAAGACAUCCUCUCCUUUUCAUCGGUCAGGCCCGGUCCAGGUAGUGAGCACCAGAUACUCUUCCGUCAGCGUCAUGAUAAAUUACCGAGAUUUUAGGGUGUUAUGGCUGCUAGUGGCGGUGUCGGCAUCGUCUUCUUCUGCAGAUUAUGAGUACACCCCCGUUGAGGACCCGCUACAGUCUGUCUGGGACCGCCUCGAUAACCUCUCGCAAGAGAUCUUCAAGGUGUUCCAGGAAAAGUUGGAAAAUCAAUUCCAGCAACUGCAGAGGGAAAUGAAUGAAAAGUUAGAGUCUGUCAAGUCGAAGGUAGAAGUUAAGACUAGCGCCAUCAACAACAACAUCAUGAACAACCUCGGGCACGUGGAUAAUAAGAUGGCCGAAAUAAAUAGGACCAUAACCUCCUGGAUGCAGAACUACUACGACGGCCACGUUCGUAAUGACCUAGACGAGGCUCGAAGGAAAAUAGAGGAACACGUUGACGUCAAAAUUUCAGCACUUGAGAACAAGUUCGUGGGAAAUAUAAACAUUCUGAUGAAUCUUUUAGCCGGCAAUGCUUCACGGUCGUCUGGAAGCCUGUUGCCAUCAGACGCGACCGUUCCAGCCGGCUCUUCGGCUCUUGUGGAACAAAGGAUCAGUAACACAGUGACUACGGCGGUGACGUCUUUGGAGUCCAACUUGAGAGAUCAACUGACGCACAUCUCUAACGUUGUCACCUCCAGCCAUUCUAUCGUCGACACCAUUAACACCCAUGUUUCCAAGAUCAAUGACAAGCUAUCUAGCGGGGACGGCGAAACCGGAACCGGCACUCACUCCUGCCUAAAUGACUCGAUUGCCAUAGAGUUGAUAUCGACCCUGGAAAAGGCACGAGAAACCCCAGGAUUCCUCCCAAGAGAUUGUUCUGAUCACCACUGGCAACAACCCGAGGCUCCCACUGGUGUCUUCCAGAUUUACCCAACUAUGGACAGUAAGGCUCCCAUAUCUGCUUUCUGCGAAAUGGGCGACGAGAAUGCUAAGGAGACAGGAGGGUGGACCGUUAUACUCAGGAGGCGUAAUACUACAUUCGGACUUACUAACUUCAACAGAACGUGGGCUGAGUACCGCCAAGGUUUCGGCAUCCCGGGGGAGGGAGAGUGGUGGUUCGGUCUGGGAGCUCUUCACGCUCUCACCUACCGUCAGCCCUACGAGGUCCGCUUUCUCAUGCACGACAUCGAGCGGGGCUACUUUCAUGCCAGUUACUCCAACUUCAGUGCAAAGGAACACCUUCUCCCCUUUACAAAUUCUGGAAUAUUUGCUGCUUCAAAAAUGACUCUUAAGAGAUAUACCAGAGAUCGAGAGGAACCUCCUGGUAGGACGACCAUGAAGGCUGACGAGUGUUUGCUGGUAGUGUGGCUGACGGCUGUGCUGAGGGUACAAAGCACAGCAACAGAAACAGCGCAGGUUCUGAAUCAACAUCUGGACUAUGUGGUGACCUUCCCAGAGGACCCACUCCAGCCCAUCUGGGAUCGCCUUGACAGCAUGUCGAAGGAAAUCUUCAAGGACCUCCACCUUCUGAUGGAGACCCAUGUCAACAAGGUCCAGGAGGACAUUGGGGCAUUAAAUACGAAAAUCUCCGCCCUUGAGGACAAAAUCGAUAGCACAAUUACUGAUUUCCGAUUACAGAUUAUGGAGGAAAUCGAGGAUAAGCUGGAAAUCGUGAAGGAAAUCGAGGAUAAGCUGGAAGUCAUGGAGGAAACCGUGGAGGAAGAGCUUAGCCAUCUCGCGUGGAGCAUGAAUUCCAGCAGCAGCAGCUUGGCUAGCAUCAACACACACCUCUCGCACCUGGAGCAGAGGAUAGUAGAUGACUCCACAGGUGAUCCGGACAACUGCUCUCUUCUGGUGGAUAAAGUGUCCGAGGUAAUGAACGAUCCUCGGUUCACGAACGAACUUCAUACCGAGAACGACUCCCGACCAGCCAGCACCUGCCUGGAUGAAGAGGAAGUGAGAGAAUUGAAGCAAGCUGUGGCCAGUCUGCGUGAGUCUCCUGUCUUCCUCCCUCGAGACUGUUCUGAUCACCACUGGCAACACCCAGAGGCUCCCACUGGAGUCUUCCAGACCUUCCCUACCAUGGACCCGAAGGCUGCCAGGGACUCGUGGUGUGACAUGGGUACGAACAGUUCCAAGACGUCCGGGGGCUGGACACUGAUUCUAAGACGACGCAACACUACGUGGGGCCUUGUUGACUUUAACAGAACGUGGGCUGAGUACCGCCGAGGUUUCGGUACGCCAGGGGAGGGUGAGUGGUGGUUCGGUCUGGGAGCUCUUCACGCUCUCACCUACCGUCAGCCCUACGAGGUCCGCUUUCUCAUGCACGACAUGGAGAGGGGCUACUUUGAGGCCAAGUAUUCAAACUUUAGGGUUGAAGACGAGUCCAGCAACUUCCGCCUCAUCACAGAGGGUUUCUCUGGCAACGUGAGCGUGGAUCCUUUCCUCACCCACCACCACGGUCGCCCCUUCAGCACAUGGGACCGAGACAACGACGAAUGGAUUGCCGGAAGCUGUUCCGCAAGCAACGGCGGCGGGUGGUGGUACUCCCGCUGCCACCGCACAGCGCUCACCGCUGUCUUCCCGACAUCCCCUAACCGCGAUUUCAGGAGUAUCCGCUGGCUCGAUAAGGGUUGGUUGAUCCUCGACGAUGUCGCCAUGAUGAUCCGACCGUCCGGCUAUGCUAGGAGGUUCGAACCUCAAUCAUAGAGGAGUGAAUUAAGAGAUAUUUGUCACCUGUGUAGCCAGACUGGAGAUUCUCUUCAUAUAUGCAAGGACGAUGCCACACCUCCUCUACCCCGUCCCCAC